CGUUUGUCCUGCGAUAGCUCGAAUGGUGCUAAUUAUUAUCGGCUAAUCAUUUCAUUGCUAAGGUAGAUAGCAGCAUUUUAGCGUCAGAGUGAGAGAGGCGUGUUUGAAAGACUUCAGCGAACGGGUUGUAGAGUGCGUCGUUGUCCUGCGAUAACUUGAGUUGAACUAAUCAUCGGCUAAUCAUUAAUAACAUAGGCAGCAGCAUUUUACUGUCACAGUGAGGAGGGAGGCGUGGUUGUAAUACUUGACGGACGGACGCAAGUAAGGAAGCAAAGGGAGGGGGGUGGGAUGGAUAUCGCACGAUCUUUAUGUUGCUGGCCUUUCAACGCGUCGGUCAACUCAGAGCCGAGCACCGCCUCAGAGGUUGUCUCUUCUUCGGGAGCAGAGAGAGUACCGAUAGUAGAAAGAGUGGCACUCCAGAGCAGUGUUGAAGAACAUAGUACUAGGAAGGGGCUUAGCCUAUCAAUUAUGGCAGAUGCAGAUGUGGUGGAGGCUGACUCAGACGAUUCGGACGCUACAGCAAUGGAUGUCCAGGAGGAUGGCUGCGCUGCCAUUGCCGACGCUGUUGCCGUUGCUCUUGCCGGGGUUCCUGCGGGAAUUACCAAUUUUAGUCGACGUCUCGAUGACACUCUGCCAGUCUCUAUGGUUGACACUCAGCCUGAGCGUCUUUCUCGACCUCAGGCAGGAGAACAUUUCAGCGAUAGCAAGGGCUCUGUGGACGACACCUCUCUGAUUCAAGCCGCAUUUGAAAGGGCGGUCAGCGUGCACGAUGAGGAGGCCGAGGGGGGAGAAGAAGAUGGCAUGGAAGAGGAUACCGGCUCGUCGCCGGCUGACGGGGACGGCGCGUCGCAGCCAGACGGUCUGAGCAGGGAUAAUGACGACAAGGAGAUGAUAGAGAGGAUCCCGAGCCCUAUGACUGCAAAGGACGGCGGCGGCGGCGAUAGGAAGAAGGAGAAAGCACAUGACAACGCCGGGCAAGAGCGGUGCGGGGAUAGCGCCGCCGCCGACGCCGCCAAGGAGGGAGAAUGCAGCAUAACUAACAGCGAAGCUGACGAAGUUGCCGAAGUUGCCGAAGUUGGCGAAGCCGGGAGGACUCUGAGGAGAAUUGAAGAUUACGGGAGCAAGAAUAGGGCUCCGCUGGGAGGACGAGAACAGGAGAAGUUGGCCAGGAGGGAGAGCGAUAACGCCACAGAAAUCUCGGUUAUUGCCGAUGAAGCUGGCGAUGGCUAUGGCGGACACGAUGGGACCGUGGGGACCGAUGAGACAGUUACAGUACUGGAAGACGCUGGGAGACAGAACGACGUGCGAGGGGGACGGCGGCGAAUUGGAUGUCGAACUUCGAGCUGCGGCGGCGAAGCUUCCAAGAGGGAGAAGGGCAGGGAGAGGGAGAGGGAGAGGGAGAGGGAUACAGCAGCUCCAGUCAAUCGACGAGGAGGGAGGCCACCUCGGCCGCCAAGACCAACUGCGGCGGCGGCGGCGGCGGCGGCGGCGGCGACCACGGGGGAUGCUACUACCGGUAGCCGCAGGGUUACCAGAGCCAGCUCCCACUUGCAGCAGGACGGUCGCUCGCAAGCAGAUGAGAAGAAGAGCUUCAGCUCCCAGCGAGAGCGAGCCUGUCAGUUGCGAGAUGCAUGUGAGAGUAAACCCGAUCAAGAUGAGGGGGAGGACAAGGCGGCAUUGACAAGGGUUGGGAGGAGGAGGUCGAGGUCCUCCCUCGACACGCUACCGCCGCGUGGCGCCAACCACUCAACGGGCAGGUUGAAUCGAAAUCUGAGGGGGGGAGGAAGAGGAGGGACUUGGCGCCAGACAGCAGCAGCAGAUGAAGAACGCCCGGUCGAGCAGCCGCAGAUACAGAAGAAGACGCAACCGGGAAUUGCUAAUCGCCGCUCCGGUGAAGCUUUACCAAGGAAACAACGAGAGAUGGCGCCAAAUUCAGGAGUUACGGAAAAUCAGUACUUGACGAGCAAGGGCAAGGAAAACAGAGCGGGAAGGAACGAUGUUGGCGGGAACAACAAAGCGGGAAGGAACGAAGUUGGCAGGAACAACAAGCUGUCAUCAUCAUCGACGUGGAAUCGACAAGGAGGGGGGAGCGGGAGCGGGAGCGGGAGCAGUCGCAAACGCACCGCCGCUGCCGCCGACGCGGAAAAAAAGUCAAGUCAACGUCAGCGAUCGAUGUCUUUGUCAACGUCAACGGUCAGCCGACAAGAUGUCGGCCGCGGUGAUUGUUGCAAAGUCAGCGGUCAACCCUUUCACGCGGGGGCUCGUCAUUCUGGGUCAACGUCAACGAUCAACCCAAGAAGCAGUCGUGUCUGGACUCAGAAUCUUCAGAAUGGAUCGAGGUCUUCUGGCAAUGCCACGUGCUCGUCGUCCGCCUCGACGACAUGGAGGGCGAUGGUCGAACGACAAGGACAAAAGGAUGAUGAUGCCGAUGAGAAGGAGAAGCUCUUCCGUGAUUCCUUCGGGAGUGCCGAGUUCUUCCAUCACUUCUUGGAGGCAUGUAAGAAGAAUAAAGCUCUUCUUCGAAAAUUUGAGAAGCAGACGGAAACGCCGCUGGAGGAUUGUGCCGUUCGUCUCUAUUGUCUGGCCUUGCGGGCGGGCGAAUCAGCCUCGUCCUUCAACAAGACUGCCUUCUGCUUCGGUUAGAUGUCUCCCCCUCCCUCGUUCACCUCGCUCGCUCGGUUCAUU